UUUGCUCCGGCGCUGCGCAUUAAACGGCCGGCAGUUCCCGUGCAGGCCACUCGUCGGAGAGACCGAGCGCAGACAUGGUUUCUACUUUGCCAACCAGGAGCACCUGGGUGACUAAUGACAGUCAGUUCACAACAGCCAGCAUGGACCACACAUUCUUUACUUCAACCACAUAUCAGAGCAGCACAACCACCACUAAGGACACAUCAUUAGUGAUUGGCCUAGCGGUUGGCAUUCCCAUCUCUGUGAUCGUCGUUGCUGCGGUGGUCACAACCGUUAUUAUCAUCACUAAAAGACGACGACAGAAUCUGCCGCAGGCCCCCAAGCAGUCCACAGACCCAGAGAGUCAGGAUAAAGACCCAGCGAGACAGGAGAAGCAGAAGCCCUGCAAUGAAUACGAAAUGAUGGGCCCAAGGAUCACACAGAACACGUGUUACCAGGAAUUCCAGACAGACUUCGAUGAUCUUUAUGAGAACUCGGACAGCAUCAAGAAGAAUAUGGGCCAAAGGAGACAAGCGGGUGGGGGUCAUGGAGCAGCGGGCCACCGUGGAGUGAAUCCUGCCAAUGGCUCAACACACAGAGUAGCGAAGCAAGAAGAACCGAUUUAUGAAAAAUACCUGCCAGAAUAUAAUUAUGUCUACGCCAAUCAAGAAGCUGUGAACAAAUUCCAAAGAAAACCGUACCAAUGAAGGGAGCCGCCAUAUGCACACCUCACCUGCACUUUACAGAAAAUGACGAUAGGAUGACACUUGGGCUGGAGGCUGGAUGGCGUCAGUCUGACUUUUCUUAACAACUUGCUCAUGCUUGUUCCUUCAUUGGUUCCUAGAAAUGCCUUACCGGAUGGUCUGAGCAGCAGCAGCGCCACCUGUUGGAAUUUACUGUUCAGAUUAAAAUGAUUACAGAGGAACAGGUAGGUCAUGGAAACGAGAAUGAGGAAUGUUUGCUUCAAGAUAUGCAGAUUGCUGCAGAAGGAGGCGACGCCAUAUGCAUCAUCUGUCUUCCCUUCUAUCUCACCUUGCUUCACAUGGAUGUACGUUUUCAAGCAUUUGUCUGUCUCCCUGAAGAGUUUCCCCACACGGAUGCCCAAUUUCUAUUUUUUUUUUAUUUAAUACAGAGUUUUCAGACAUGUAAUAACUCUCGACCCAAUAAAUUAUUAUGUAUGUAUCUACAAAAAAAUUGCAGCAUUUACUAAACAAGAGGAUUGUG